UUACCUUGCGUUUCGAAAUAGAGAUAUAAACAAAAAUAUCACGUUGUAUAAAUUAAGCGGUUACACAUUUACAAUUAUUUUAAUUUAUAAAUGAAAAUUAUAAUAAUGUCUGAACCAUCAGUAAGUAAUAUUAAGAAGCUUGAACAUCAUUCACAAUUGGAAUUAUGUCGUACGAGGCCUCUCUACAGACAAGGAAAAAAAUUAACAGCGGUUAAGGUUUAUACAGUCAACGAUGAAUCACAGCAUAUAAUAAUAUCUGGAGUUCCUAAAUUAAAAUUACAUGAUGAUUUAAUGAAAAUAGUUUCACCUUACGGUCAUAUUAAAGAGUUCGCAGGAAUAAAUGAUUAUCCUGAUGAAGAAUUCACAGAAUCGUAUCACGUGCGCUAUGAAAGAAUACAGAGUGCAAGAAUAGCAAAGCGGUUUUUAGAUUGUAAAAAUUUCUUCGGAGGUGUACUACACGUGUUCUAUGCUCCAGAAUUGGAGUCAAUUGCAGAAACUAGAAAAAAAUUAAUCCAAAGACGUAGAGAUAUUUCAGUGAGAAUAAAACGGCAAAAAGAAGAAGCUACAAAUUUAAAAGUUGAUUCCUUCGAACCUAAGCAGCAAUUCAACAGGCAAAAAAAAUAUCCAACAUUACCAUUAACUGAAGAGAGACUACAACAACAAUACCCUGGGGAAUCUUUCUCAAGCAUAUAUAAUGGAAUUCCAAGAAAUAUUGACCCACGUCCAGUUUCUGAACCAAGUCUUCCAAAGCAUGAAUUACACUUACAAUCGAGCAGUAAAAAUUAUAAAGGCCGAAAUACUGAAGGUGUAAAAGUACGAGUAGAGCGGCCUAAAUUGAUUGACACAAAAAAAUUAUCUCAGUUUAAAAAUUCUACUAAGGAUGUUAACAUUUUCUCAGCUGUAAAAAAAGUUGAUCAAGGUAUAACAAUUAAAUUGCUUCCCAAUGCGGAAAGAACUAAAAAAAGAAUCUUGAUAAGAGACGAAAGUGUGAGAAAUUUAUUGCCAAAAGAUGAUCUUCAAACUUCUAUUGAAUCUGCAAAAGCUCGCAUUCGUGAAGCAAUGGAAAAAAAUUAAUUGAAAAUAAUUUAUAGAUACUGAGAUAAAACUUGGUACUAAGAGAAAUUUUUUAAUUAUUUUU